UUCGAAAAAUUAACAGUGUACCUAGCGUUGCUCAUUGGCUCAGUAAGUUUUCUUGCGAUCCCGAAGCGGCAAAAGUAAAUGGCGAACGUUAUCCUCCAAAAAGUGUGUAUUUGAUUAUGUGCGGCUUAAUUCGUUAUUUAGCUGAUAUAAAAGGAGAGGAAGGAUUUAAUAUUUUGGAUAAACGUGACAGCAGGUACACACUUUAAUAUCAUUUUUACUUUAUUACUAUACAAUUUCUUGCUAAUAGUGGGUAAUUUCGAACUAUUAUGCAAUGUGAAAUUCACACACUUUGAUGAAAUGUAUAGGUUUAGAAAAUUUGGAAGAACACUUGACGAAGAGACGAAAGACGCAACUAAGAGUGGAGUUGCUCAAGCUUCGAAGAGAGCAGCCAAAGCAGAAAGCCCUGAAGAAUAA